UAAAUAUUAUUCUAAAUUUUGUUCUCAUGUCCACAAGUGGGUACAUUCAUCUUCAUCUGCCACAUCUAUGUAGGAUGUAGUCACAGCACCUCAUUGUUGGGAACACUGAGCAAGCUUGCAGAAAGGGCUGUUUUCACCUUGCAGAAUCUUGUUUACAUUAGGCUUGACUUCCUUAGAUGUUGACACAGGGUUACUGACUGUAUAGUAACUGGGGUCAGCUCAGUUGUUUUAUGUUUAUUUGAGGUCAACCCAGGUCUCAGGAUUUUACCACAGAGAUUAUUCUUGAGGGGAUCUAUAAACCACCCCUUCCUUAGCUUGGUCCAAAUACAUCCUACCCCUUAUCUAAUGAAAUCAGUUUAUAUUUUUAGUAUAGUUGAAAGCAGUUACUUUUGACUUUUCUCCGUAGAUGUCCCCAGAUGCUGGUUCUCUAGUCCAUGAAUUUGUCUAUGCAGAGCUCACCACUCUUUCUCAAGAUCUAAGUUAACAUUCUCAGAAGCACAGACUUGCCUAGAAAUCUUCGUAGACUUCCUCUUACUCAGAUAGCAAAUAUACAACUCCUUAGUUUGAGCAUUUAGGGCCUCCUGCCAGUAAGUUCAUGUUCUUAUCAUGCAGACCUCUGUGCAGCUGCUGUUUCUGUGUUGCCAUUAGGGUCCUGCAGGCCUUGCCUAGAGUAAUCCUCAUAUAAUUCCUCCGACAGGAAAGCUGUGCUUUCUUCCAUGGCUGUUUUCUAAAUAACAAAGGCAUGAUACUACACAUAGAGUAGCAGUAUGGACGCUAAAUUGAGAUUCUGUGUCCCUGUCUUAUUUGACAAAAGUGCACAUUGUUGGGGAGAUGGGGGCGGCAUUUUAAAAGGAGCUUGGUGUAUAGCAUUAGCAAUCAUUAAAAAAAAAAAACAACCCCAGAAAAUAACCUUACCUCUGGCAGUACAGUAGUUUGUUUCUGUGCACACACAUCUGAAAUACCAUUUGUGCAGAGAGAGAGUGAGCAAGCGAGAGCGAGGGCGAGGGCGAGGGCGCAGCCUGACAUUAACAAGGGAGGAGGCGGACAGUGAGUACAUUAGGGUUGUUGCACUUUCUGUUUUCUUUAUAUCCUUUAUCUUCACGUUGCAACCUCCCCCGCAUCUAGUUCCUUAAAAAAUGUGAUACUUAGUGAGUUUUCUUUAUAUGCCUCUGCCAAGACAUUAUUGAAGCUUCCUUUUUCCCCUCACUGCAACAAAAGGCAGAGAAUGGUGGUUUUGAGUUUUUGAGAGGCAUAGCUUCUAUAACUGUCCAACAGAGGCAUAACUAAGAAUCAGGUUUUCAUAGUCUGAAAAUGUCAAGUUAAAUGUCUUCUGAUAAUAUAUCACCUCUAAAAAUGUCUUUAUUUGUUCUAUCCAAGUAUUUCUUUCAUAGUUUUACCAAGAAAAAAAUAAGAAUGGUUUUGGUUGUGAAAAAUUGAGUAUUUUAAUAAUGUUGUAAGGUAUCCAGCAUAAUCCCACUUUAUUACAAUUAACUUUUCUCUACACUAUUCAAAAGAGGAGUAGAAAGAGAAUUUUUUUCAAAACAUCCAGAGACAGGCUAUGAAAGGAAUAACAGAAUUUAAGCCUUUUAACGUGUGUGUAAAAGGCAGUGCUUGAAUCAUGAAGACAGUUUUCUAAAUUCAUUACAAUAUUUUGGGGGUAGUUCUUUGAGUAAUUGGAUCUUUUAAGUGCAUUUGAGAAACAAAAUUUAGUAAUAAAUGUAUUUAAAAUUUAUAUCAUUUUUCCCUCUAUUUGAACAGUUUUCCAAAAUGCAAUCUGUUCAUAUAGGAUUUUGCCCGUUCAUAUCUAAGUGGGAAUCAGUAGUUUCUUUGUUUGUCACCAUGGAAACCAGUCAGCCAAUCUGAAUGGCUCUUAGAUCAUACAGAACGAUGCAAUGCUCCGUGCUCUCAGUGAAAGUUCCUCACUGAGUAAGUGGAGCUGACUCUUCCCUGCCUCUGGCUCUUGCCUCCCAGUGCCAUGCAGGUGCAGGAUGCAACCAGGCGGCCCUCAGCCGUCCACUUCCUCAGCUCCUUUCUCCAGGGCCGCCGGCAUUCCACCUCGGACCCAGUACUGCGGCUGCAGCAGGCCCGGCGGGGCUCUGGCUCAGGCUUGGGCUUGGGCUCUGGCUCCCGCUCUGCCACGAAGCUGCUGUCCUCGUCCUCUCUCCAGGUGAUGGUGGCUGUUUCCUCAGUCAGCCAUGCAGAGGGAAACCCAACUUUCCCCGAAAGAAAAAGAAAUUUAGGAUAUCCAACACCAAAGUACACAAAAGUAGGAGAGCGUUUACGGCAUGUCAUUCCUGGACACAUGGCGUGUUCCAUGGCGUGUGGUGGUAGAGCGUGCAAGUAUGAGAACCCAGCCCGCUGGAGUGAGCAGGAGCAAGCCGUUAAGGGGGUUUACUCUUCCUGGGUCACUGAUAAUAUACUGGCCAUGGCCCGCCCAUCCUCUGAACUCCUGGAGAAGUACCACAUCAUUGAGCAGUUCCUCAGCCAUGGCAUAAAAACAAUAAUCAACCUCCAACGCCCUGGUGAGCAUGCUAGCUGUGGGAACCCUCUGGAACAAGAAAGUGGCUUCACAUACCUACCUGAGGCUUUCAUGGAGGCUGGCAUUUAUUUCUACAAUUUCGGAUGGAAGGAUUAUGGUGUAGCGUCUCUUACGACCAUCCUAGAUAUGGUGAAGGUGAUGACAUUUGCCUUACAGGAGGGAAAAGUAGCUAUCCACUGUCAUGCAGGGCUUGGUAGAACAGGUGUUCUAAUAGCCUGUUACUUAGUUUUUGCAACAAGAAUGACUGCUGACCAAGCAAUUAUGUUUGUGCGGGCAAAACGACCCAAUUCCAUACAAACCAGAGGACAGCUCCUCUGUGUAAGGGAAUUUACUCAGUUUCUAACUCCUCUCCGCAAUAUAUUCUCUUGCUGUGAUCCCAAAGCACAUGCUGUCACCUUAGCUCAAUAUCUAAUUCGCCAGCGUCAUCUGCUUCAUGGUUAUGAGGCACGACUUCUGAAACACGUGCCAAAAAUUAUCCACCUAGUUUGCAAAUUGCUGCUAGACUUAGCUGAGAACAGGCCAGUGAUGAUGAAGGAUGUGUCCGAAGGACCUGGUCUCUCUGCUGAAAUAGAAAAGACCAUGUCUGAGAUGGUCACCAUGCAACUGGAUACAGAGUUACUGAGGCCUAACAGUGAUGUGUCCAACCCGUCUAACCCCACUGCAGUGGCAGCAGAUUUUGACAAUCGAGACCUGAUUUUCUCCAAUGAGCAAGAGUUUGACCCCCUUUGGAAGAGGCGGAAUGUUGAGUGCCUUCAACCCCUGACUCAUCUAAAAAGGCGGCUCAGCUACAGUGACUCAGAUUUAAAGAGGGCUGAGAACCUCUUGGAGAAAGGGGAGACUCCACGGACAGUGCCUGCCCAGGUCUUGGUUGGUCACCACCCCAGGCAGCAGAAGCUCAUAAGCCAUUAUUACGUACCACAGUCUCCAGAACCAGACUUACAUAAGGAAGCCUUGGUUCGCAGCACACUUUCUUUCUGGAGUCAGUCAAAGUUUGGAGGUCUGAGAGGACUCAAAGAUAAUGGGUCACCAAUUUUCCAUGGAGGGCUCAUUCCAAAGGAAGCACAGCAGAGUGGAGCUUUCUCUGCAGUUGUUUCAGGCUCAAACAGCCCUGGGGAGCCCGUUUCACCCAACUUCGCAAAUGUCCGUAAGGAUCCAAACCCUACUCACCAGCAAGUGUCUCACUGUCAGUGUAAAACUCAUGGUGUUGGGAGCCCUGGUGCUGGAAGGCAGAACAGCACAACUCCCCGAAGCCCUCUGGACUAUGGCUCCAGGCCCAAAGCACAGUUCUCGGUUGAACAUGAAACCCAGGACAGUAAAGAUCUGUCUGAAGCAGCUUCACACUCUAUAUUGCAAUCUGAAUUGAGUGUUGAAGCAAGAAGAAUACUGGCGGCCAAAGCCCUAGCAAAUUUAAAUGAAUCUGUAGAAAAAGAGGAACUAAAAAGGAAGGUAGAAAUGUGGCAGAAAGAGCUAAAUUCCCGAGAUGGAGCUUGGGAAAGAAUAUGUGGCGAGAGGGACCCUUUCAUCCUCUGCAGCUUGAUGUGGUCUUGGGUGGAGCAACUGAAGGAGCCUGUAAUCACCAAAGAGGAUGUGGACAUGUUGGUUGACCGGCGAGCAGAUGCCGCAGAAGCACUGUUUUUAUUAGAGAAGGGACAGCACCAGACAAUUCUCUGCGUGUUGCACUGCAUAGUGAACCUGCAGACAAUUCCCAUGGACGUGGAGGAGGCUUUCCUUACCCAUGCCAUUAAGGCAUUCACUAAGGUUAAUUUUGAUUCUGAAAAUGGACCAUUAGUUUACAACACCCUGAAGAAAAUAUUUAAGCACACGCUGGAAGAAAAAAGAAAAAUGACAAAUGAUGGCCCUAAGCCUGGCCUCUAGCUUUCCCUCGUGGUGAAUAUUUCAGACCUAAAGAUCCAGAUAGUAUCUCUGUUCAUAUGCGAAUAAGUUGAAGUUUGUGGGACUGCUUUUUCUCAUAGCACUUUAUUUAAAAUGUUGUUGGUUUGUGCUGAGAAUGGCCAUCCCAAUUUGAACCAAUUAUUUAUUUUAAAAUUUCCUUGAACUACAUUUUUGUUUUGAACAAUUGCCAUAAAGUUGGUGCCACUUUCUUUUAUUUAUUUGACUGAGUUAAUAUUGUAUUAACAUUUUAAUAUAUGGUGUUUACAUUUUUAUUUCUUUUGACAUUUUAGAAAAAAUCAUAACUUGUUUUUCCAAAAUAACCAUUUUCUUGAUGGAACUCUUCCUAGAGUUUUUACCAAAUACCUAACUUUAGUAGUAAAACUUCAUUGUGUAUCCAUUCCCCAGCAAAUGACUAAGAAAGUCACCAAGUGUCUUAAACUGUUUUGUAUUUGUUACUAAGAAGGCUAUUGCUACAAUAUUUUUAAAGGGUUUUUUUUUAAACUUUGAAAUUUUUGUUUUUCCUUUUCUUUUUAUGAAUGUAACAAAGAGUUUCAAAGCAUAUUAUUUUUCAGAGAGAUUUAGUUUUACUUUAAUGGGGUGACUGUGAAGUGGUUGGCAUUUUUUACUUGUAGAAAGUAGACUUGCCCUUUGUCAGAUUUCCAAACAACCUUGCCAGCCUUGACUGUCAAAAGGAGGCAGGAGCAGUUCUCAACACAUGAAGCCUUAUUCCCACUCCCUUGAGUUGCUGCUGAGCCAAACAGCAUCUUUACAGAGGAAGUGGGAUCAGAGGCAGAAAGUGUGGGAACUUGCUAAGAAGCAGGGCUUGCCUCUGUCCUCCCAGGGACUCCGCAGGGACAUUUGUGUAGGGCAGGGGUUCUGUGCCAGCCCUGCUCUCUCAGGUGCCACAGUCACUCUGCAGAGGCGACUCUUGGAGCUGGAGGAAGCCAGGGCUGGGCCACUGUUUGUGCUGAUGGUGUAUUAGCGUGAGCAGCCUGGCCCUGGCCUCAAAUCUGCUACCCCAUCGAUCCACUUGCCAAAUAAAAGCUCUAUAUUUGGCUGCUUUUUUAUGACAAUUAAGAUUUUUAAACUGAAGUUGACCAUACAGGUUACAUUAGCCGUAACUAGCCUCAUAAGAAGGGUGACUGCCUAAACUAGUUCCUUGUAAGCUAAACCAUCAAUUAGCAAUUGAAGCCAUACUUUUAUUUAAAUUAAUAUGUGGAGAAACCAGAGGCCAAGCCACAUAGAGGAUAAUAGUUCUUCCCAAUAAAGGUGAUACUAAUCAGACUAAUUCAAACUAAAGAAGUUAUUACUUAAAGAUGGAAUUUCAGGGGAAGCAAGACUAAUUUAGAACAAAUGAAAUUUCUCCAGUUCCUUCAUUUGUCAAUUAACCCCUAGCACAUCAAAAAUAUCUCAGUCAUUAUCAGUCUCACUAACUCUAAUGCCAAAUGCUAAAUCCAGUGUUCUUUCACACGGUUUUAAUUUUCUUGGGAAAUCAAAUCCAAUGGAUAUUAAUGAACUGGGUUGCCCAUCCCUGAAAUGUCUUAUUUUCAAGUGCCUGGCCUGGGGAAGAAGGGGAUGAAACAAUUGCAUUUUAUCCAAAGGUACAUUAUAAAAAUAGAGUUUUUACCAAAAAAAGAUAUUUGUUCUUAUCUCAAUCGGCCUCAUUUGGGCAAGUGACCCACAGGUCUUUUGGCGAGUCCGCUAUUUGCCUGUGCAUCUGAAAUACUUGUUUCAACUUAGAGAAUAGUCAUAAUGUGACCAUAGCACUGCACGUCUAACAAUCUAAGCCUGAAACCUGAAAGAAGAGAUAUGACAAGGGAAAUUAAUCAAGCUAUAUACAAGUAUUGUAUUUGAAUAAAAGUAAAAAGAACAGCC